AAAUUUAUCGCCCGUUACAAUGGUUAAGGUUUUGAGUGAGGUUGGAAUGAAGCCCACGGUUCCAGAAGGUGGUUAUUUUAUGGUGGCGGACUGGACACCACUGGAGUCCCAGAUUGAUCUGAGUUCGGAGAAGGAUAAAUGGAAGGACUAUCGUUUUACCAAGUGGAUGACCAAGAAUCUGGGUUUGCAGGGGAUACCACCGUCUGCGUUUUACACCGAGAGGGAUAAGAGUUUAGCUGAAAAUUUUGUGCGAUAUUGCUUCUUCAAGAAACACGAAAAUUUGGAAGAGGCUGCCAGAAUUUUGAAGAAGUGGAAGUCGUAAUAUGUAUUCAAGGAAAAGUUUUUGCUGGAACUUUUAUCUACUAUUAAAUAAUUGAUGAUUAUUAUUAUUAAUAAUAAAAAAAUUAUCGCAUCGACAA